UUACUAGACCCCGUGCUUCGCCUAGGAAAAGAAGAUUGGUUUUACCGUAUACCGACGUUUGGUGUUUACGGUUUCCACACUUAUCUGACUUUUGAGGAAACGUGUAAUUUUUCCUUUGGAAUUUAAUUAUUUGAAGACGUCAAUAGUUUGUAUAUUUAGCUUUUUGGCUAAGGAAAGAUAUCCAGUGCAUUGCGUUUUCGGGCCAGUCUGUUUCAGAGUUGGGAGAACAACAAGAGCUUCGCGUGGUACUUUACCCCGAGAAAGUCCAUUAUCUGAACGGAUACAAUGACAAAAUAUGCGAAUUACAUUGUUGCUGGUACAGGAAAUGAUAAACCAUGAUGUGCGAAGAAUCUUUAUUAUUUAAACUCGGAUAAGGUUGAUGAUAUUGCCAUUGAUGGUAUUGAUUGGGAAUUCUCAACUAUUAAGUUUUGGUAAAUAUUUUACUGAAUGAAUAUGCUACAAGAUAUUGAUUACAAGAUCUCUUCAAAGACUGUAUAUUUCCUAUUCGUUUCCAUACAGUAGAAUGCAAUAGGCCCAAUACAAGCCUCAGUGACACCAGAGAGAUUAAUUCCUUUGUCACCUUUCCAACUGAAGAAGCACCCUAGGCAUGAGCAUGUCAUUCUUUAAUUUUCGUAAAAUAUUCAAAUUGGGUGCUGAAAAGAAGAAAAAGCAAUAUGAACACGUCCACCGGGACCAGAAUCCCGAGGAGAUAUGGGACAUUAUCGGGGAACUUGGAGAUGGAGCGUUUGGUAAAGUGUACAAGGCUCAGAACAAGCAGACAGGCAUCCUGGCAGCAGCCAAAGUGAUCGACACCAAGACCGAGGAGGAGCUGGAGGACUACAUGGUGGAGAUCGAUAUCCUGGCCUCCUGCGACCACCACAACAUCGUCAAGCUGCUGGAUGCCUUCUACUAUGAGAGCAAGCUGUGGAUCCUGAUUGAGUUCUGUGCAGGCGGAGCGGUGGACGCAGUGAUGCUGGAGCUGGAAAGGCCCCUGACGGAGCCUCAAAUUAGAGUGGUGUGCAAGCAGACCCUCCAGGCCCUCGUCUAUCUCCAUGACAACAAGGUGAUCCACCGAGACCUGAAGGCUGGGAACAUCCUCGUCUCUCUGGACGGAGACGUCAAGCUGGCUGACUUUGGGGUGUCGGCCAAAAACACCAAAACUCUGCAGAGGAGAGACUCCUUCAUUGGGACGCCAUACUGGAUGGCUCCGGAGGUGGUGAUGUGUGAGACAUCUAAGGACCGUCCCUAUGACUACAAGGCUGACAUCUGGUCCCUGGGCGUGACCCUGAUCGAGCUGGCUCAGGUCGAACCGCCCAACCACGAGAUGAACCCGAUGCGAGUCCUCCUCAAAAUAGCCAAGGCCGACCCUCCUACCCUGAUGCAGCCGUCACGAUGGUCUCCAGAGUUCAGUGAUUUCCUGAAGAGGUGUUUGGAUAAGAACGUGGACAACAGAUGGAACACAGCUCAGCUUCUACAGCAUCCAUUUGUGAGCAGCGUGACGGACAGCAGACCCCUGAGGGAGCUGAUCGCCGAGGCCAAGGCGGAGGUGACGGAGGAGAUCGAGGAGCACAAGGAGGAGGAGGAGGAGGAGGACACGGAGACACAGCUGGGUCACAAGCGUGCCCCAUCAGACGCUAGUGUGGCAAGUUCUGAGGAUGAGAAGACUCCCCUGUCUCCCUCCAUCUUGGAGUCUGUCCCUGAGAAGGUUGAGGUGAUUCUCCCGUCAUCCGUCGACGUACCAGCGGCGAACCGUGUUGUAGAUGCAAGCUCCGUGGAGGUUCCUCCUGCCCCUGCUGAAGUGGCAAAGGUGGAGGAGACCCCGAGCACUCCAGUAGAGGACGGGGAGAUGACACCGAAGCUGGGUGAGGCGAAGAAAGAUGAGGAGGUGGUUGUGGAAGCAGAAGAAGUUGCCUCACCGGACGUAGGGGAGAAACCAGUCGAACCCGAGGAACCGGUUCCACCGGUAAAGGAGAUGGAGGAGUUGGAGCUAGCCAGUGAGGAGGAGAAGGAGUUGGACACGGCCGAGGUCCAGACCAACGAGGCUGAAGGGUCGGAGGUCAAGGAAGAAAAGAUGGACGCCGUGGAAGCUCCGGCCCAACCCACCGACGAGGAGCUCACGAGAGGGUUGAGGGUCACCCUGACGCUACCCGACGAGCACAAGCCGUCCCCUCCAUCACCAGCGGCCCCGGAUGAAGAGCACGGAGAGAGGGCAAAGGAGAGAGAGCAAGAUCAACCACCUGUGGAGGUGCAGAAGGUCGCUCCGGAGAAAAGGAAGAACGAGAAAGAGAGGGAUUCGGAUUCGGGGAGUGGUUCGGCUGCCGAUAACAGCAGCUUAGACCUCAACCUCUCCAUCUCUAGUUUCCUCACCAAAACCAAGGAGCCGGGAACUGUGUCCAUACAGGAUAUCAAGCGCCAGAAGAAGACGCUGAAGAAGACCAGGAAGUUCAUGGUGGACGGGGUCGAGGUCAGCGUGACCACUUCGAAGAUCGUCACUGACAACGACACCAAAAACGAGGAGAUGAGGUUCCUCAGGCGGCAGGAGCUGCGGGAGCUGCGCCUCCUGCAGAAGGAGGAGCAGAGGGCCCAGCAGCAGCUCAGCAACAAGCUGCAGCAACAGAAGGAGCAGAUCUACCGACGCUUCGAGCAGGAGACCACCAGCAAGAAGCGCCAGUACGACCAGGAGGUGGAGAACCUGGAGAGGCAGCAGAAGCAGACCAUCGAGCGCCUGGAGCAGGAACACACCAACCGCCUGAGGGACGAGGCCAAGCGCAUCAAGGCCGAGCAGGAGAAGGAGCUGGCCAAGUUCCAGAACGUGCUCAAGAACCGCAAGAAGGAGGAGCAGGAGUUCCUCCAGAAACAGCAGCAGGAUCUGGACAGCGCUCUGAAGAAGAUUAUCCAGCAGCACAAGCACGAGCUGGCCACCAUCGAGAGGGACUGCCUCAACCACAAGCAGCAGCUCCUCCGAGCGCGGGAGGCGGCCAUGUGGGAGUUGGAGGAGCGCCACCUGCAGGAGAAACACCAGCUGUUGAAACAGCAGCUCAAGGAUCAGUACUUCAUGCAGAGACACCAGCUGCUCAAGAGGCAUGAGAAGGAGAUGGAGCAGAUGCAGCGCUACAACCAGCGUCUGAUCGAGGAGCUGAAGAGCCGUCAGACCCAGGAGCGGGCGCGCCUGCCCAAGAUCCAGCGCAGCGAGGCCAAGACGCGCAUGGCCAUGUUCAAGAAGAGCCUCCGCAUCACCGGGGCCGCCAUCACCCCUGAGCAGGAGAGGGAGAAGGUCAAACAGUUUGCCACCCAGGAGGAGAAGCGACAGAAGAACGAGCGGCUGCACCAGCAGCAGAAGCACGAGAACCAGAUGAGAGACCUGCAGCUGCAGUGUGACGCCAACGUCAGGGAGCUGCAGCAGCUGCAGAACGAGAAGUGCCACCUCCUGAUCGAGCACGAGACCCAGAAGCUGAAGGAGCUGGACGAGGAGCACAGCCAGGAGCUGAGGGAGUGGAGGGAGAGGCUUCGGCCCAGGAAGAAGGCGCUGGAGGACGAGUUUGCCAGGAAGCUUCAGGAACAGGAAGUGUUCUUCAAGAUGAGUGGCGAGUCCGAGUGCCUUAACCCCUCGUCCCAGAGCCGCAUAUCCAAGUUCUACCCCAUCCCCAGUGUCCACUCUACAGGCUUCUGAGGGAGCAGCCGGUGAUGGGCACGGGUCCCACACACACACACACACACACACACACACCCAAGGUUAUACACGCAUAUACACUCCAAUGCUCACAUGCAUGAUAAGGAGGCUUACAUACACUGUUGACAUGCACAAUGCUUGCACACAAUGGACAGUGGACACACACACACUGUAACUACAGGACAGUAGAUGCGCGCGCACACAAACACACACACAGUAUGAGUGACUGAACAGACUGAACCUGUGCUGCCUUGCCCCGUGUCUCCUGGUGACACAGUGGGCCCUCAGGCGUCAUGUGACAGGGUCCUGCAUCGUACCUCUCUCUGUCUCUGGAGGCCUGUCUCAAGAAGCUGCAGGUGACCUGCUGUCCUCCAUGGCAAAUCCACCCCCUUUUUGGAUUCAUCAUCAUUACAGGUUUUUUUUCUUUUUCUCAAUAUCAGACUGUCGACUGUGAUGGUGGUUCUUAACUGCUUUGAACUCAGUGUUUUGUCAAAUUAUGUCAGUGAUGCAGUCCUUUUUCAUUGUUUUUUUUUUUUUUUUUUUUUUUUUAAGAAUCCAGUGCCUGGGUAAUUUGGCUAUUUGAAUUUCAGCGGUAACUGACAAAGCACACUUGCUGCCGAAUUUUUGUCCGACUAAGUAUUUGUACGAUAAUGAAGGAUGGCAUUCAUAAACCACUUAUUUUGAAUUUCUGUAUUCGUGUCUAUGUAAGAGACAAAUAAUAAUAUUAUUGAAUAGAAUUGACCAUUUCUGGUAUUGGAAGGUUUUUAUGAUGAACCUUGAUGAAGGAAUCCUAUAAGUUGUAAGCAAUCAUAAUUAGCUCAGUAGAAUAACAAUUGCAGUUCUCAAUGGGGGUUAGUUCCCACAUUCUAAUGGUUUUGAAUGCAGCUCUCUAAAACGUUUUACAUGAUUAUCUUCUGGAAUACUUUUUUAGUUUGUACAUUAAAUAGUCACAGUUGUAGGAUUACAGUAGUUUGUCAGAUUUUUUAUUUAUAUUAUUUUUUAAAUUAGCAUGCCUUUCUGUCAGACUUCUUAACAAUUUGACCCAAUUCAUUUAACAAUUCAUCUUUUCUUUUUUGCAUAUUGCGGAGAAAGCGUUGAAACUGUGUUUAUAUAUGCAAAAACCAGGUAUCACUGUGGUUCCAGAAUGCCUGUGUUCUGUGGCGUUACCAGUAGAUAAAAGUCUGUGUUAUAAAACAGGCAGUUAGUUUGAAUUUCAAGUCGUGUUUAUCAUUAACGCUUCAUCCUGCUAAAAUGCAAGAUCUUGAUACGUUCAACUGCACAAUAUACCUGCAUAGCAGUCAAGUUAUUUUCAUUAAACAAUGAUACUAUUUGAUCAAACUAGUUAAUAGCCUUAGUAUGUUGACGAUGCAUAUGAAGAAACUGUAUUCCUAGCUUUCGGAGUCGGACAACUCUCUUGGCCUUUAUACUUUCAUUGACGGUAUCAUGAUCAGAUAUACAAAAUAUAUUUCAUCAAACAAAGAUGAAGCAGAUGUUCUGACACCGUUUUUCACUUGAUGUUUCGAAACAUUACGGGCAAAAAAUACAUAAUGGAAAUGUUUGUGUCUAAAUGCAAUUCUAAUGGGGUUUUAAAAAGUUGUAUAGCAAUCAUGUACUUCCAAAAAAUGGACCUGACUGGUUUGGGCCAUCAUGACCUCUGAUUGGUCCCAUCUCUCUCUGUUCUGAUUGGCCGCAGGAAGUAACUGUAAGUCGAUUGGUAUUUUAUAAUUGGUCUAUUAUUUUGAUGUAAACAAAACAGAAAUCAUGAUGUCAUGAAAGAGUGCUGUGCGCCUUUCACUACAUAAAGAUACUGUACAAGUAGUUAUUUAUAAGGAUACAACAUAUCUACUAAACCCUAUUAUAAACCGGUAUUGUAGGUUUUACAUUGUCGCAAUAUUAAAUCUCAAAUGAUGGAAACGUAUAAUUGGAAAAAUCAUGUGUCAAUAUGUCAUGUUUAUCUUGUCAUGAUUGCAGUUCGAUUUCUGAAAUGUAUAAUUAUUGAACUGAAUGUUUGAGGAAAUUGAAGAAUGACCCUAAAAAUAUGAUUUUUUAAGCUGAAGGCUACAAAUAUAGUUUAGUAUGCCUGUACUGUAGAUUGGCAUUGUAUUGUAAAUAAACAAUUUCC